CGUUAUUUAUCAUCAUACCAGCUCAGCCGGCUAACAACUAUACCCACCAUUAGUAAACCGCCGGAAAACACCCACCAUACCAUGGCCUUCACCUCAUCAUCCCUCUUUUCUUUGGCUUACUGCUUCACUCUCAUCCUGUUUGUUCAUGGAAACCUAAGUCUCCUCCCUUCUGAUUACGAUGCUCUGUUGUCUGUUCAGAAACACUUGGGCGUCAAUGCUCUUCUUCAAGAUCCGUGCGAGUCCCCAGGAAUAUACUGCGAACCACGACUUGUAAACAACUCCUACGUUCUGAGGGUCACGCGGAUUGUUUAUGAAUCCAAGCAACUUAGAGGAACUCUUUCUCCCCAGAUUUCAAGCCUCUCUCAGCUCAAACACCUCUCUCUUGCAAACAACCAACUCUUUGAUCAAAUCCCAACUCAGAUUCUUAAUUGCAGGAAAAUGGAAAUCUUGGAUCUUCGAGGUAACCACUUUUCCGGCCAAGUCCCUCUUGAAUUGUCUUCUUUAAUACGCCUUCGAAUCCUUGACCUUUCAAGGAACAACUUUUCUGGGAACCUGAAUUUCUUGCAGUAUUUUCCCAACCUGGAAAAACUCUCCCUCUCCGAUAAUUUGUUCUCGGGCAGAAUACCUCAGUCUUUGAAAUCAUUCAGGAAUCUCCGUUUCUUGAACAUUUCCGGAAACAGUUUACUAAGAGGUCCUGUGCCGGUGAUGAAGCAGCAGGUUGAGUAUCUAUCAUCAGCAGAGUUGAAUGACGACGAAAAUUACAGUACAGCAGUUCCAAAACGCUAUAUUUUUGCUGAAAAUCCAGCUGCAGGGGGGAGAAAUCAAAAUCAAACCUCAUCAGCAAUGGCCCCUACAGCUGCAAACGCUCCAGCUCUAGCUCCAGGACCAGAACCAAGUCCAGCACACAACAAGGGCAAAAAGAAAGUAAGGGGAUGGAUUAUUGGGUUUGUUGUUGGAGGUUUUGCAGGGAGUUUAUCUGGGGUGCUGUCCUCUGUGCUUUUCAAGGCGUUAAUGUUUUUAAUCAGAGGGAGCGGGAAAGACUCGAGUUUAACAAUUUUCAGUCCACUGAUUAAGAAAGCCGAGGACUUGGCUUUCUUGGAGAAAGAAGAUGGUUUGGCGUCCCUAGAGAUCAUUGGAAAGGGUGGAUGCGGAGAAGUUUACAAAGCUGAGUUACCUGGAAGUAAUGGGAAGUUGAUUGCUAUAAAGAAGAUUGUGCAGCCUGCAAAAGAUGCUGCAGAGCUGGCUGAAGAAGAUAGCAGGCUUAUGAAUAAGAAGAUGCGUCAGAUAAAAUCAGAAAUUCAGAUUGUGGGUCAAAUCAGGCAUCGAAAUCUACUUCCUCUGCUAGCCCAUAUGCCAAGACCAGACUGCCAUUAUCUAGUUUAUGAAUUCAUGAAGAAUGGAAGCCUACAAGAUGCACUCCAGGCCCAGGGUGAGUUAGAUUGGUUGGCACGGCAUAGAAUCGCAGUGGGAAUAGCAGCUGGUCUCGAGUAUCUUCACAUAAAUCAUACUCAACGCAUAAUUCACAGGGAUCUUAAGCCAGCAAAUGUCCUCCUAGAUGAUGACAUGGAGGCCAGGAUAGCAGACUUUGGGCUGGCAAAGGCAGUCCCUGAUGCUCAUACCCAUAUCACUACUUCAAAUGUGGCAGGAACUGUGGGAUACAUCGCUCCUGAAUAUCACCAAACACUCAAGUUCACGGACAAGUGUGAUAUCUACAGUUUCGGGGUGUUAUUAGGAGUUCUUGUCAUGGGGAAGCUUCCAUCAGAUGAGUUUUUCCAACACACAUCUGAGAUGAGUUUGGUGAAAUGGUUGAGAAAUGUGAUGACUACUUCUGAAGAUCCCAAGCAAGCCAUUGAUCCUAAGCUGUUAGGAAAUGGGUAUGAGGAGCAAAUGCUUUUGGUUCUCAAGAUUGCUUGCUUUUGCACUCUUGAUAAUCCAAAAGAGAGGCCUAACAGUAAGGACGUCAGGUGUAUGUUAAUGCAGAUUAAACAUGAGUGAGAAAAAUCAAGAUAUAUGCAUGCAUGAUUCAAGGAAAUAAUAAGCAUAUAUAUAUGCACCAUAUAUGUACUGUACUGUUAAGUUAGUUGUACCGCCUCGCCUCGCCUCGCCUCGCCUAGCCUAGCUAGCUAGCUAGAUGGAGGUUACUAUAUUUUGUGUGUUCAAAUUAAUGUACUGUAAGCUAAUUAACCUGUUUAAUUUUCUGUUGUGUAGUUAUGUUAGUUGGUCGGGUUGAGCUAUAUAUACAUACAUAUGUGUGUGUGGAUUAUAGCAUUCCCCCCAACCUUACAUGGAUACAUAGAAAUCAUUGUCAAUCUUCUAUAACAACUCAUCAAUGCUACUACUUCAACAUCUGAAAUUA